AUGGUGGGUCACGGUGGUCGGCGACUUCUGGUUCGCCGUCAGCUGGCUGCUGAACCAGGCGUCCAAGCUCAACCCCAUGUCCCCAUCCGGCGCGUCCCCAACCUCGCGCUCCUCAACCAACACGUCGAUCCUCCUACUCCCAGCGGCGGUGGCAGCUCCAGCCAGCUCCCGGGCGUCGACGUGUUCAUCAACACCGUGGACCCGGUGGACGGGCCCGUGCUGUGCACCAUGAACUCCGUCCUAUCCAUCCUCGCCACGGACUACCCAGUGGACAGGCACGCGACGUACUUCUCCGACGACGGCGGGUCGCUCGUCCACUACGAGGCGCUGCUCGAGACCGCGAGGUUCGCCGCGCUGUGGACGCAGUUCUGCCGGAAGCACCGAGUCGAGCCGAGGGCACCUGAGAGCUACUUCGCGGCAAAGGCGGACGCGCCGUACGCUGGUGAUGCGCCGGGGGAGUUCGUCGGCGACCGUCGGCGCGUUCGCCAGGAGUACGAGGAGUUCAAGGCUCGGGUUAUUUUGAACCAUCCCGGCGACGAACCUCAGCUUGGCACGCCGGCGAGCUCCUCCAGCCCCCUUAACUUUAGCGCCGUCGACGUGCGCCUCCCGAUGCUGGUGUACAACGCGCGGGAAAAGUGCCCGGGGUACGACCACCAGAAGAAGGCGGGCGCCAUGAACGUGCAGCUGCGCGUCUCGGCGCUGCUCUCCAACGCGCCCUUCAUCAUCAACUGCGACUGCGACCACUACAUCAACAACUCGGGUGCGUUCCGCGCCGCCUUGUGCUUCAUGCUCGACCGCCGCCACGGCGACGACACCGCCUUCGUCCAGUUCCCGCAGCGCUUCGACGACGUCAACCCCACGGAUCGGUACUGCAACCACAACCGCGUCUUCUUCGACGCCACCUCCCUUGGCCUCAACGGCAUCCAGGGGCCAUCCUACGUCGGCACCGGCUGCAUGUUCCGGCGCGUCGCGCUCUACGGCGCCGACCCGCCCCGGUGGCUGCCCGACGGCGCCUCCAAGCUCCUGGACAACCCCCACAGACAGCUCGGCAACUCCAUGCCGUUCAUCAACUCUGUGACACUGGCCGCGCACCAGGAACGGCCCCUCACGCCGCCAGCGUCGCUCGACGACGAGCGGCUCGUGGCGGAUGUUAAAGAAUCAGGAUCAUAA